ACCACGCUGCCUGUGCCUGUGUAUCGUGCUGCUGCAUUUUUUUUCCUCUCUCUCUCUCACACACACACACACACACACACUCAUUCUCUCCCUGUGCUAUUAUUCAGAGUCAGCCAGUGUGGUUUGUUGUUUGCUGUGCAGGCGGCUGUAUGGGGCAGUAUCCUGGACGUCAGUAGAGACUCCUCUCCAUGGCCUGUCAUCCCUCCAGCUCGGGCUCCUACACAGUGGUGAUCAUCCCACUCAGGACCAGCCUCUACAGCCUGGACGCACUGCACUUCUACCUAUGGAUUAAGCGCCUGAAGGAUCUAGAGAGGGAGAAGGACGCUCUGUGGUCUGGGCUGGAUAUUCUGGAGAGGGCUCGAUUCUGGUACCUUCAGCGGCUGCAUGAGAACAGAACCCGGCAGGACAACGUCGAGACCAAAACGAGGCUCGGCUCCUGCCAGGAAGAUUCAGCUGAGACUCGCUCCUGCCUCCUCAGGUCUCGGAUCCUGAGGGUGAACGGCUCCCUGGGUUCUGUGAUGACUGAGCCCAACGUGAUGAGCAGCAGCAACCCCUCUCUGCCUGAAACUGUGGCUGACAGCGACCUCCGGUGGCACAACUCAGUACUGACUCAGGGUGUGAGCGACAGAAAUCGUCAGAUCUCCGUGUUGGAGCUGGAGAAAGACGCUCUCCUCGAGCAGCUGGAUGAACUGCAAGUCUACUGACAGCACUAGUGCAUAAAUAUACACCCCUGCCAUACUGCUGAUUUACAUUUCACUGAAUGUCCCACAGCUGAUUGCUUUCUAACAUGUAAAUAUGUAUUUAAAUUAAUAAAUUACAGCUAAUGAUGCAUCACUUGUUUGAUGAACCAGUUUCUCUGAAGCCAGGCCCUGCUAUCAUUAACGAUAUAAUCGUUACAGCUCAUAAGUGCUUUCAAGAGCAGUUUAUACAAUAGCUGUUCAAUAUAAGAAGUAGGCACAAGACUUAAUAAUACCUUAAGAUAAUAAUACUUUAAAUGAUGUAAGUACAGUGCAUAGAAUUAUUUUUUUUUACAAUUGUAGUUACUUUUCAAAUUAAAAGUACAAGUCUCAGUUUAUUAAGGUUGACGUAUUUAUAUAGAGUAAUAUAGUAUAUUAACGAUAGUAUAUUUUGGUAGUUUUAUAGACAGACUACCAACAAUUAUUUAUAGCAGUUAAAAUCCAUAUGUCAACAAUAAUGAUCCAAUCAUACAAUAUACAGUAUAACACUGAUUGGGACCAUUCUGUCCUGUGUAAAGAGCCCUUUUUCAUAUAUAAUGUAAAUUUGUUGGAAAUAUUUUUUAUAAUUUUCUUGUAAAUGUAGGAUAUUUGCUUUACUUUUACUUUUAUUUUUUCUUCAAUGUUUUAA